AUGGCUCGAAUGCUGAAAGGAUGUCAACAUGAAUGGCUCGAAUGGCACCGUUGCUCAGUCACAGUCCAACCUGAAGUGGUUGCCGACCAGAAGAUGUACAUAUCACAAGACGAGGAGACAUAUUUGAGAGUCCGAAGUCAAUGGGAAAUCACUUACAACAAGGAAACAAACGGUUGUCCAAAAAUUGAGCGCUUUUUCGGCUGUCCCCAUCGAUGCGUGCUUCCAGAAUUCCCAGAAUCUCGUUUGCAGAAUGGCCAGUUGGAAGAAUGCUAUGAGUGCAACCUCUAUAUAAAGGCCCACUGGAAUGAGAUUGACAAAAGCCUGUUCCAUGUUGAGAUAACACGCACACUUGAUGCUCGUGAGGUUUUGAGAAGUAGAUAA